AUGGCUUUCAGAGCAUUAUCACUUGCAAUCUCUGUGCUUCUUUUGUCACUGGCUGUUAACGUUGUUGCUUCUUCUGCAAGUGGUUACGAUUAUAGUCCGAAACCCGAGCUUUAUCAUAAACCCAAGACAGAAGAUAAUAACCCGUUCAUCCCCAAAACCAUAGGCAUCCAAGGGCUUGUCUAUUGUAAAUCGGGCGUUAAAGUCAUCCCACUUCAAGGAGCUGUGGCUAGAAUAACAUGUCUUGCGGUGGACCAAAACAGAUAUGAAUCGGCUCCUUUCUCCUUCUUGAGUGACCCUGCCGACGCAAAGGGUUACUUCUUUGGUACACUGUCUCCUUCAGAGAUUGAAGAUGAAUGGAAGCUGAUAGAGUGCAAGGCCUUCCUCGAAAACUCUCCAUUACAGACUUGUAAAGUUCCAACUGAUGUCAACAAUGGGAUUAGUGGUGCUGUUCUUUCUUCUUACACUCUCCUUAAUGACAACCAUAUGAAGCUCUACUCUGUGGGUCCUUUUGUAUACACCUCAGAAUCAAACCCUGGAUUCUAA